AUGGCUCUUAAUACAAACCUUUUUAGCUUUAACCUUACAAGUUACAUCAAGUAUCUGCUACUACAAAAUCUUCCCUCAUGUAAGAGAAAAAUCAUCGGUAUAAUCGGAGGCUCUGGGUUCGAUGACCCUGAUCUAUUUGAGAAUCCAAUACCCCGCGAUGUUGACACUCCAUUUGGGAAACCCUCCGACGUUCUUCUAGAAGGAUCUAUUAAAGGAGUAUCUUGCGUCCUAUUAGCGAGACACGGAAGAAAACAUCAGUAUCAACCGAGCGAUGUCAAUUACCGAGCAAAUAUAUGGGCGUUGAAGCAAAUCGGUUGUACACAUAUAUUGGCAACUACCGCUACUGGCUCGCUUGUAGAGAAUUACCAGCCUGGGGAUCUUGUUAUACUAGACGAUUUCAUUGACAGGACAUGGGGUCGCAAGUGUACAUUCUUCGACGCUACAGUAGGCGGGCCUCGUGGGGUUUGUCAUUUACCCAUGAGGCCGGCCUUCUGUGGCAGGGCGAGAGAGGCUCUAAUAACGGCCGCGAAGCACGCGGGACUGAGAUGUCAUGAGAAAGGGACCGCGGUUACUAUACAGGGACCGAGGUUUUCAAGUCGCGCCGAGAGUCUAAUGCAUCGUCAGUGGGGAGCCCACGUUGUUAAUAUGACGACUGUACCUGAGGUUGUGUUAGCUAAAGAAGCAGGUUUAAGUUACGCGGCGGUCGCUUUAGUAACUGACUAUGACUGCUGGAGAGACAACGAACAGUCGGUGUCAGUGAGCGAAGUAUUGGAGAUGUUCGCUCGGAACAUCAAGAAGGCGAUACAAGUCAUUGUAGACGCCGUAGUACUACUCGCUGAAGAAGAAGACCUAACAUACUUGGACGCACAUAAAGACUUGGUCUCAUCAGCUGUGAUGUUGAAGGAGUAG